AUGUCAAACCGCUAUAAUAUGGACUUCAGCACCUUCUAUAUGGACAUCUGCCAACUACUCAAUAUCGAACCGAACUUUACUUUGAAAUGUAUUGGAACCACCUCAAAGAAUACGACAUGUCCCAACCAAAUUUCAGAAAUAAACCUCGUAGGGGGGCAUACAGCACUCCAUGCACUUAAACGCAUUGAAUCAAUCGAUCAGCUCUGGAAUUUGCUUCAGUUUAUCUCGGGCAGACUACUCUGCUUUCACCACCGCGAUCAACAAGAUAUAUUACAGGAGCAGUGGUGGUUGACACUUCUCGCUCUUUCCUCAAGCAGAAACCUUUGGGCAGAGUUUCAAGUGCCGGGGGCCUUUCCAGAAGAGGACCAGAAUAUUCUGGCAUCAAUCUUAGAGCUUUCGAGGCUUGAGGUUGACACAUUUUUCCAGUGGCGAGAUGAGCAAGCGAAGCUGGCAGAGGCAAAACGGGCGCAGGCGAUACAGGCAAAACGAGCAGCAAAACUGCUGGCAAGAGAAGAGGCGGCAAAUAAGCGGGAUUACGAAAUGGCACGGUUACUUUGUGGAAUUGGAAGGAGUGCUGAUUACCUAUACGACCGGAUUGAAAUUCGCUGCGACAAGGCAGAACGCAGGAAACUACGAAGUACAAGGGCUCACUGGUAG